AUGUUUAGUUUAGGAUUAGCGGUAAGAAUACGGACACCAUAUAGGAGGGUCCUUUCCACAAUAUUUCGCAAUCCUUUUGCGGGAUAUUUUCCCUCAUUCGGACCACAGUUUCAGCAAUUGCCUGUUAUUCGUCAUUCACUGUCAGCAUUUCCAGCAUUAUCAACGGAUAGACCUUAUAGACCGUACAUGGAGCUUCCUUUUGUCAAAUUUCAUGAGGACAUAGACACAGCUUUUGAUUUUGUCAAAAAAGAUGACCUCGAUCAUGAUAGAACUUUAUAUGCUGAUUCUGUUUUAAGAAAGAGAAGGUUGAAAAUGAAAAAGCAUAAAUUGAGAAAGAGAAGAAGAGCCCAAAGAUCAUUAAAGAAAAGGUUGGGUAAAUUAUGA